AUGGACAAACUACGAUCCUAUGCCACGUGGUCGCCCAAAUAUUUCAAAAAGCGAGAUUUACCACUUCAGAUGAAAGGAGAAUGUAGUGGAAAACAAAAAAUAAAAUUUCAAACAUUUCAAAAACUCAUUUCGAAAUACAAAGUUGUGUUACAUGUAAAUAUGAGGAUAAUUGAUAAGAGAGAAUUGAAAUGUAGUAAGUAUGUAUUGUUUUUUCGUUUAAUGUUUGUAAAUUUAUGUAUGUAUAAAUGUCAUAACAAUUUUUGGGAUACAAAAUGUUACAACAAUAUAGUAAAACUAAUCUCUCACUUGCAAUUUAAAUUGUUAUUAAUUGAAAAUAUUUCAAUAACUCCAAUGUAUCAUGUUGUGUCGAAAGAGCGAAAACCAUCAGCAGCUAGGCCAGUUACUUCAGCAGAAAAUGAAAAUAUCGAUGAAAAUCAACCAUCUUCAUCAUAUGGAACUAAUGUAUUGAAAGAGCAUGGUUGCCACAUUUCAAGUAGUCCCAAGACUCUGAAAAGGAAACUUGAA